AUUUAUCGUUUAUUCUUCCGCCAGUUUGACAGCAGCCGCAGCCCACGCAAACAGAAUGCAUUUUCAGAAAUAAAUUAACAAUUCCCAUUCAAUAUGGAACUUGCAAAAACAGUAUUCGGUGUCAGAGCUACAGAUGGAUAUAGUGGAAAAGUAAAUAAAGUGGAGACAUUAUCAGAAGAUGAGGAUGAUAUUGGUGAUGGAUGUACAGAAUCUGUUAGUGUAUCAGCAACACAUCCAUACAAAGGCUGUUCAGACUUCAGCCCCACUCCUGGAGGACCUUUCUCGGCACUCACACCAUCAAUGUGGCCACAGGAUAUAAUGAUUAAAUUGGGAAACCCACCAGAAGAUUCCAAUGGACAGUUAGAUUAUCGAUAUGAUGAAUUUGGGUUUAAAGUCGAGGAAGAAGAUGGACCAGAGGAGAACUCUAGUAAGUUAUUGAGCACACCAUUUAUUGAAGACCCCCAGCACAGGUUAAAAUGGAUUGCCUAUCUUGAGUUUACACAUAAUGAGGAGGUUGAGGAUUUAACAUGGGACAAGGUUGACAGUCGUUUUCAACGAACAGAAAAGCUACGUCAGAUGGUAAGGGCAGGUAUCCCUCAUUCCCUUAGACCUCAGAUGUGGAUCAGGCUGUCUGGUGCUCUUGAUAAAAAGAAGAAAUCUGACCUUACAUACAAGGAUAUUGUCAAAGCUAGCUCUAAUGAUCACCUUAUGACCUCAAAACAAAUUGAAAAGGAUUUGUUACGUACAAUGCCAAGUAAUGCAUGUUACUGUAAUAUACAUAGUACUGGUAUACCAAGAUUAAGGAGGAUUCUACGUGGUCUUGCAUGGUUAUUUCCAGAUAUUGGAUACUGUCAGGGUACAGGAGUGAUUGCUGCAUCAUUAUUGUUAUUCAUGGAAGAAGAAGAUACGUUCUGGAUGAUGUGUGCCAUAAUAGAGGACCUUUUACCUGCUUCAUACUAUUCUAGUACAUUACUUGGUAUUCAGGCAGAUCAGAGGGUUUUGAGACAGCUCAUUACCAGUUACCUACCUGACACAGAUCUUGUAUUAAAAGAACAUGAUAUAGGUAAGAUCAUUGAGAGUGAAAUUGGCCUACAUUGGUUCCUGACACUGUUUGCUAGUGUGGUACAUAUGAAGGUAUUACUACGUCUCUGGGAUCUCUUCUUUUAUGAUGGAACUACAACACUGUUUCAGAUGACCAUGGGCAUGCUUAAAAUGAAGGAGAUAGAGUUGAAGACACUAGAUAAUUCAGCUCAGAUAUUUAAUGCCCUGUCUGACGUACCUGGUGAUGUACAGGAUGUAGAUGAACUCAUAGAGCUAGCAUAUAGAGUAUGUGGCUCACUGACAGAUAUUGUUGUGGAUACACACAGACGUAAACAUCUAGCUUACAUCAUGGCUGACCAGGGGGCAAUUGUCAAUCCAGAAUCAGCCAAAAACUUACCCAAACAGCAAUUAAACAAAAGACACCUGCGUCGAUCAAAAUCGUUGAUGUCAUUGUUACUUUGGGGAGACACUGAUGAUGAGUUUGGUAAAGCUAAGAAUAUACGACAGACAGAACUUCUUGUAGAUUUACGUGAAGCUAUACUACAAGUAGCUAGACACUUUCAGUCCCUGGAUCCAAAAAAUGUUAAAGUGAAUCUGUCAGCAGAUUAUUCAAUGGAGAGUCACGCUAAAGAUCUGGAGAAUUAUGUGAAUGUAGCCAGAAAUAGAAGAAGGAGAGCAAAAGCCUUGCUGGACUUUGAAAGACAUGAUGAUGAUGAACUGGGCUUUAGAAAAAAUGACAUAAUUACUAUUAUAUCAAUGAAGGAUGAGCAUUGUUGGGUAGGAGAGUUGAAUGGAUUGCGAGGCUGGUUCCCUGCAAAAUUUGUAGAAUUACUUGAUGAAAGAAGUAAAAGUUAUUCUCUAGCUGGUGAUGAUGGUGUAUCAGAGGCUAUAACAGAUCUGGUCCGGGGAACACUGUGUCCCGCAUUGAAAGCAAUAUUUGAACAUGGGCUGAAGAGACAUUCACUGCUGGGUAGUAUAUGUCAUCCUUGGUUGUUCAUUGAAGAGGCUGCCUCUCAUGAAGUUGAGAAAGAUUUUCAGUCAGUUUAUUCCAGACUUGUACUUUGCAAAACAUUCCGGUUAGAUGAAGAUGGAAAGGUGCUUACCCCAGAAGAAAUUUUGUACAGGGCUGUGCAAGCUGUAAAUAUAUCACAUGAUGCUGUCCACGCUCAGAUGGAUGUCAAGUUAAGAUCGCUGAUUUGUUGUGGACUAAAUGAACAAGUUUUACACCUGUGGUUGGAGACAUUAUGUUCCUGUACAGAUGUUAUAGAGAAGUGGUACCACCCAUGGUCCUUUAUGCGAAGCCCUGGUUGGGUCCAGAUAAAAUGUGAACUCAGGUUAUUAGCAGAGUAUGGUUUCAACUUAGAUUUCAGAUAUGAACUUGCUAAAAAGAAAAAUCCUGGAAAAGCUAUAACAGAAUCAGUGAAAGAUAUUCUGAUAACUCAUCAUCUCUUCUCAUGGGAAAUGUAAAAUCUCACACAUUUUAAAUGCUCAACUAUUUCAGAUUUUUGACUUGUUCUGAUCAAAAGCCAUUUUACACAAAUGGCCAAACAUGUGAAAGAUAUACUAUGCUCAAGUUUGAAAUACGAAUUUUUUUUAAGGAAAGACCAACUUUACUUGACCUGCAAUGGGGAACACAGCUUCACAUACAUAAUUUAUUCAUUCUUUUGUUAAAAUUAGCCAUAUUCAUAAGAAUUUCAUACAUUUCAAUAAAUUUCUUUGAUUAAAAUAUUUUACUCAAGGAUGAACAUAGUAUAUCUUUUGUCAGCCAUUUAAGAUUCAUUGCUCAUACAAAUUAUUAGCUGGUUUAAGUUAAUAGAGUGUUGACUAAUUAGGCUAUAUCAGUCAUUUAUUAGUCCCCUACCAGUUUAACCGGAGGGGACUUUAGGUUUACCCUCCGUCCGUCUGUCUGUCCGUCCGUCUGUCUGUCUGUCAGUCUGUCCGUCCACAAAACUGGAUCCCGCGAUAACGUAAAAAGUACUGAAAAUAUUUUUAUGAAACUUGAUAUAUGGAUAGAUGGCAGUAUGGAGAUUAUGCAAGUCUUUUUUUUUCUUCCUAUGUCGAAAAUUCUGGUUGCUAUGGCAACAAAUAGUCUGAAAAUAUGGCAAAUUUAACACAUAAACUGGAUCAAUUGAUAACUCAAAAAGUACUGAAAAUAUUUUUAUGAAACUUGAAAUAUGGGUAGAUGGCAGUCUGGAGAUUAUGCACAUUUUUUUCUUUUCUUCCUAUGUUGAAAAUUCUGGUUGCUAUGGCAACAAAUAGCCUGAAUUUCAAGAUUUCUGAUUUAAUUUUUUCAGCUUUUUCACUAUAUGUUCUUUAUUUCUUAAGGUGUUUACUUCAAACUUUAAAUAUAAGUUUCUGGUCAUCAACCACAUCAUAUGUGACAAGGUUUAUAACUCUAGCACAAAAAAUAUCAGUAUUACCUCCCUUGAACUUAGAUUUUUUAGGGGAAAAAAUGUUGUCUUUUUUAAAUAACUUCUUUAUUUCCUAAUGUAUCUACUUCAAACUUCAUAUAUAUGUUUCUUAUUAUCACUCGACAUUUUUGAGAAGGUAAAAUACUCUAGCAAGACUAUUUCCAGAAUAAUGUCCCCCUUGAACAUAGAUUUUUUUCGAGAAACUGGUAUUUUCACUCCAACUUCUUCAUUCCUUAUAGGAUUUACUUUAAAAUCCCACAUCAUUAUAAUAUGACAAGGUUGUAUAAACAUAAUUUCCUUACUAAGCAUGGAAACUUAACACAUUACUGUGAUAUAGACAAACUUAGAACUUAAAAGAUUUAAGUUUAUUCAUGUCAUUCAUUCACUGGUAAAAUUGAAUGGCAAAUGGCCCAUCAGAAUGUUGCUUGGGUUCUAACCGGUAGGGGACUUAUGGAUUGCUUGCAAUACUAUGAUAAUUGCUUGUUGUGGUCUGCUAAUUAAAUUUUUUGGAUUUUUAUGAAUCAUCAGUUAUUUAAGAUUUUGAAUUUUGAAUUAAAUUGUUUUGCUUACAUUUGUCAAUCAUCAGCUAUUUAAGAUAUCCAGAAAGUUUGGUUUAUUUUACAGGUAGAAAUUAUUUGCCAUUUCUUGCUUUCGACCAACUUAAGUUUUUAUUCAUUUCAUUAUUUUGAAUAGCCAUUACAAUUAUGAGCUAUUAUUAACAUUGUGGUUCUCACCUGAACCUGAACCUUUAACCGUUCAAUAAUAAAUUUUAUGUUACAAAUAAAGUGUGCACAUUUUUGUCAUACUUCUCUAAUAAUAAUGCAAUUUAUUGUACGUGAAUUUACAUGUACAUGAAGCUUUAAACUUAAAUUUCCAAAUAUAAAUCAUCAUCAUUAGAUAAUUAUUUAAUCAUGUCAUUUAAAUAGUUUAAGCAAUUGAAGAAAAUGUUACCAUAUUUACACUACAGUUCUGUCCACAGUAAUAAACUGAGAAAAUUAGCAUAAUAUACAAGUACCAAAAAAUAUAGAUAGAGUUGUGUUCAUAAGGUUGUUUAUUAUAUGUUUUACUUUAAGAAUGAAUAUACACUUUGUUGUUAAUUGACAGUGUUUUGGAAGGCAGGUUGUGUUCAUAUGUAAAUGGGGAUGUAUUUUAUUCUGUUCGACUGCUGGUCAGUCAAAUGCCGGACAUAAUUCAUGGAAUUUUUCAUGAUAGUCUGUCUUGAAUAUGUUUUUUUGAUUCUUUAAUGUAGGUUAGUGUUUGAAGAAAAAAAAUUGUCAAAUAGGAUUGCAGUAUUUCAAAUGAAUUGUAACACAUUGACUUUGGUAAAUUUGCAAACUGUUAAUCAGUCUAGUAAAUCGACUUUUAUAAAAAUAAUUUAAAACACUAAGCCGGUUAAAAUUUAUUAGUACAUAUUUACAAAAUUAAAUUUCUUGCAUAUCAGACAGGAUUAUCUACCGUUUACACCGGUGCUAGAAAAACCUGUCUUACACCCCCCAUGUAAGAAAAGUCGCGUGCUUAAAAUGACGUCAUUUCUGCGCGCCUUUUAUGAAUUAAUUGCGUUCUCAGGAUGAGGUCACUUAACCGUUAUGAAUGAAGUUGUACGUUCAUACGCUACUAUAAAAAAAAAGUGCGCAUUGAGAAUAUCAGUUUUCGUAAUUUUUGUUCUGAAAAUAAUUGAUAUGCAAUAUGCAAGAAAAAGAAUCAAACACCGGCUGCCGGUACAAACGGGAAUAUCUAGCUCUCGGGUAACUGUUUAGCGGAAACUCGGCAGAGCCUCGUUACCGCCGUAAACAGUCACCCUCGAGCUAGAUAUUCCGGUCUGUACCGGCAGCCGGUGUAAGAUUCUUAUAUGGUCGCGCGACUGUGCCACACUAGACAAAUUUAAUUUUGUAAAUACGUACUUAUAAACUUUAACCUAUAACUUAGAAUUUACAACAUUACUUUUUUGAAGUGAUUCUGUAUUUCAUAGUAGUAAUAAUAUGAAGAACAUAUAUUAUAAACAAAUUCCUGUUAAUAUUUAUCUGUAGUCUCUUACAAUUUUAAAAUUUGAUCAAAGAUUUUUUUGCCAUUGAUAUAAAAUGAAAGUUUCUGCAUUGAUGGAUAAAAGUACAAUGAAAAAACUUUGAAUAGUUAUUUUGCAUGGUUUAAUUCAGGUUUAUAUAGAAAUUGAGAAUGUAUAAACAUUGACUAUGAAGGUGUUUGGUUUAGACAGAAUAGAGGACAAAAUGUUUGCUUACAUAAAGCUUGUUUAUAUUUGGGUAGGUGUAGUAAAUCUUUGUGAGGCAGUAUAUAAUAACCUGUAGUAACCUGAUUUAUAUAUACACACUGACACACUUUACCUGGUGAUAGCAUGCUUAUAUUGUACUCUUACAUCCUAGUAAACAAAUCAUGAUUUAUUACGUAAUAGACUUUUUUAGUUCCAUUUUUAUCUGUUUAUAUUUACCUAAUGGGAAGGUGUUGUGCUUUUUAGCUCACCUGUCACAAAGUGACAGGGUGAGCUUUUGUGAUCGCUUUUUGUCCGGCGUCCGGCCUGCGUCCGUAAACUUUUACUUUAAAUGACAUCUCCUCAUAAACCACUAAGCCAAUUUCAUCCAAACUUCACAGGAAUGUUCCUUUGGUGGUCACCUUUGAAAAUUGUUCAAAGAAUUUAAUUCCAUGCAGAACUCUGGUUGUCAUGGCAACCAAAAGAAAAAACUUAAAGUAUCUUCUUCUAAAAAAGCCAAAGAGCUAGAGCUUAGAUUUUUGGCAUGAAACAUCUUCUGGUGAGUGUCUACCAAGUUUGUUCAAAUAAAAGCCCUUGGGUCAAAAUUGGCCCCGCCCCAGGGGGUCAUUGAUUUUCCCUAUAUGCAUAUAGUAAAAACUUAAAAAAUCUUCUUUUAAAGAACCCAAAGAGCUAGAGCUGAGAUAUUUAGCAUGAAACAUCUUCUAAUGGGUGUCUACCAAGUUUGUUCAAAUAAAAGCCCUGGGGUCAAAAUUGGCCCCGUCCCAGGGGGUCAUUAAUUUUCCCUAUAUGCAUAUAGUAAAAACUUAAAAAAUCUUCUUUUAAAGAACCAAAAGAGCUAGAGCUAAGAUAUUUAGCAUGAAACAUCUUCUAAUGGAUGUCUACCAAGUUUGUUAAAAUAAAAGCCCUGGGGUCAAAAUUGGCCCCGUCCCAGGGGGUCAUUGAUUUUCCCUAUAUACAUAUAGUAAAAACUUAAAAAUCUUCUUCUUUUAAAGAACCCAAAGAGCUAGAGCUAAGAUAUUUAGCAUGAAACAUCUUCUAAUGGGUGUCUACCAAGUUUGUUCAAAUAAAAGCCCGGCCCUGGGGGUCAUUGAUUUUCCAAAUUUCCUUAUAUGUGUAUAGGAAAAACUUAAAAAAUCUUCUUUGGAAAAAAAACAAAUAGCUAGAGUUUAGAUAUUAAGCAUGAAACAUCUUCUAGUGAUUGUCUACAAAGUUUUUUCAAAUAAAAGCCCUGGGGUCAAAAUUAGCCCCACCACGGAGGUCAUUCAUUUUCCCUAUAUGUGUAAAACUAUAGCAAAAAUUGAAAAAUCUUUUUUGAAAAAACUCAAAUAGCAAGAGUUUAGAUAUUAAGCACGAAGCAUCUUCUAGUGAGUGUCUUCAAAGUUUGUUCAAAUAAAUGCCCUGGAGUCAAAAUUGGCCCCGCCCCGUGGGACAUUGAUGAAACAUUUUCUAGUAAGUGUCUACAAAGAUUGUUCAAAUAAAAGCCCUGGGGUCAAAACUGGCCCUGCCCCAGGUGUGUCAUUGUUUUUAACUAUAUGUGUAAAGAAAAAACUUAAAAAAAUCUUCUUUUAAAAAUCCCAACGAGCUAGACCUUAGAUGUUUAGCAUGAAACAUCUUCUAAUGGUUGUCUACAAAGUUUGUUCAAAUAAAAACCCCGGGCUUUAAACUGGCCCUGCUCCGGGGGCCUAUGUACAGGUGAGCGACCUCAGGGCCAUCAUGGCCCUCUUGUUUUCUUUUCAAUUUUAUUUUUGUUCGUAUUUACAUGUAUAAUUUUUGCCACUUAAAUAAAGUGCAAUAGGGUCAGGCAAAUCCUAAACAUUUACGCAGUUUGUCUUAAAUGUGCUUAAAUAUGUACCUCCAUAUAUUUAUUUCCAUAAAUGACCUUAUUGGCAUUUGCAGCUAUAUUUGUUUUACAUGUAUUUUAUAUAAAUAUUAAUUCUGUGUGUACUUCUAUUGUUUCUUUCUUGUACUAUGUUAAUUUAUGGACCAAAAAUAGCAAUCAUUCAACUAUAAAUGGUUAAAGCAAGACUUUGAUUACCUAACAUAGAAUUAAUACCCUGGUAUCAGAAGUGGAUCUCUAUUGUUUUAUGGGUCAAACAGCUUGAAUACACCACUUUAGAUCUAAAAAAAAUGUUAUGCCAAAUAACUAAGUAAACAAUUGUAUUCAAUGAUAAAGUUUGGUAAAGAAUGGACUAUUUGUAGUUCUGGAAUAUAUUUAACCAGCUGUCUCAGAUAAUGGUAGAUACUACAUUUGUAGUUAUUUUAUACAUGUACAAGUUUAAGUGUAUCAGUUCUUUACAAUACUUCCUUUACUACUUUUCUUUAUUUUUUCCCAAAGAUUCUGUUAUUUACUUUUGUUAGAGAAUUAUUAAUUUUAUAUUGUUAUGUCUUAAAAAAAUAAAGCAUGCAUUAAAUCUUA